AAUCAGUUUCAAUCGGAAAUAUUAGUUUGAGCUUUAGUGUCAAUAGUGCGACUGUUCAAGCCGAUGUGAUUAUGAAGUUCCGGGCGAAGAUAAAUGACGUGGGGUGUCUCAAUCAUUUUACACGUGUGGUAAACACUAUUACGAAACUCACAAAGACGUGUGUUGUACGGUUUACUCCUGACAAUAUUUUUUUUGUCCUUUCUGGCAAAGUCACCAAUGGAGGAGUCAGUAUGUGGUGUGAGUUACUACAGGUGAAUUUUUUUGAUGAAUAUCAAUUGGAAGGAUUGUCAGCAGAUGCAAAUGAAAUCUGUCUCGAGGUUUCACCAGAAAACCUAUCCAGAGCUUUAAAAACUGCCCAGAAUGCCAAGUUUGUUAAAAUAAAACUGACAAAGAAGCACUGUCCAUGCCUAACUCUAGCAGCAGAAUUGCCAUCUCUAUCCAGCUUCAGCCGCACUGUGACUCAUGACAUUCCUGUGGAUAUUAUUCCAAGGAGGCUUUGGCAUGAUUUUAAGGAGCCUAUUAUGCCUGACUUUGACGUUAGCAUAUACUUACCACCUCUAAAGACAAUGAAAAGUGUGGUGGACAGGAUGAAGAACCUGUCCAACUAUUUGGUUGUGGAGGCUAACCAUAGUGGUGAAAUGAAUCUGAAGAUUGAAACAGAUUUAGUGUCUGUGACAACACACUUCAAAGAUCUUGGCCAUCCUCCGUGGGGGGAUGGUACCUCACAGACUGCAAGUCAGAGGAGAGAUGUAGAGGCUAUGGCGCACGCACGUGUGGACAUCAGAAAAAUCCAGCAGUUUCUUAUGGGACAGCAGGUGAACCCCAGCAAGUCCAUGUGUACAUUUAGCAGACGCUUUUAUCCAAAGCGACUUGCACAAUGAGCUGAACACGUUGGCUCAGGGACCCAACAGUGGCAACUUGGUGGUGGCAGGGCUUGAACCGGCAACCUUCUGUUUACUAGUCCAGUACCUUAACCACUGAGCUAUCACUGCCCUUAUAUGGUAAAAUGAUAAAAUAAAAUAUGAUAAAAUUAUAAUACUACUACUAGUAAUUAUACCACUGUAAACAAAAUGCUCUACAAAACCCAUGCUUUAUCCAUAUUUGCUCAUGACAUGCAAUUUUUUUGCUGGUGAUGAAGUUCUGGUUUAAGUUAUUUUAUGCUAGUAAGGAGCACAUGCUGGUUUUGCUGGUAUUCAGCAGAAACAUGCAAGUGAGGUGAAUUGGAGAUACAAAAUUGUUUGUGAAAGUGUUUGACAUUAAAAACUUGAACUGAUUAAUCCUGUGUAACUAGUAAUUAUCUGUCCUGUCAUGGAUGCAACCAAAGUGUGUAAAUCAAGAUGUUAAAAUUCUAA